AUGGAAGUGAAGCCUAUGUCUGCCAUUUCAAGUAUCGCUCUGCUUAAAAACUUCGAUGUUAGGGAUGUUCGUUCACUUGAAGAGAUUGUGGUUCCUCUCGAUAAGGAUAAGGGUUUGAAAUUGUUGAAAGGCAUCGUUGCAGUCAAAUGA